GGGUGGUUACAAAGCGCUUCUGUUAUCCUAGAAAUUUCGAUCGACACGUCCAAACUCCCUCGUGAAAGUUGACUUUGUAUCCCUCCAAAUGGCUGAGCAAAAAAUAAUUCUUGUGACUGGUGGCACUGGCCUUGUUGGAAAAGCUCUGGAAGAAAUUGUAGCAACAGAAGAGAAAAGAUCAGAUGAAACUUGGAUUUUUCUGUCUUCUAAAGAUGGCGACCUUUGUGAUGCUGCAGCAACCAAAGCAAUAUUUGACAAGUACAAGCCAACUCAUGUUAUUCACUUAGCAGCUCUGGUGGGUGGACUUUUCAAGAACCUCAAGUACAAUCUGGAUUUCUGGCGGAUGAAUACACUUAUUAAUGACAACGUUCUCUACAGCUGUCAUCUAAGUAAGGUGAAGAAGUGCAUAUCUUGUCUAUCUACGUGCAUUUUCCCAGACAAGACAACAUAUCCCAUUGAUGAAACAAUGGUUCACAAUGGCCCACCUCACUCUUCUAACUUUGGUUAUGCAUACUCCAAGCGUAUGAUUGAUGUGCAAAACAGAGCAUAUCAACAGCAGUAUCCAGAUGGAUGCUCUUUCACUUCCGUUGUUCCAACCAAUGUGUAUGGAAAGUAUGAUAAUUUUAAUCUAGAAGACUCUCAUGUUCUACCUGGACUUAUUCACAAAGUUUACUUGGCACGAAAGGAAGGCAAACCCCUUGUAGUUUGGGGAACUGGUUCACCACGGAGACAGUUUAUUUAUUCCAAGGAUUUGGCUAGGUUAAUGAUCUGGGUGAUGAGGGAAUAUACUGAAGUUGAUCCAAUUAUAUUGUCAGUGGGAGAGGAGGAUGAACUGUCAAUAAAGGAGGCUGCAGAGCUGGUUGUAGAAGGAAUGGGUUUUGAAGGAAAAGUUGAAUAUGACACUAGCAAAUCAGAUGGCCAGUUUAAGAAGACUGCAAGCAAUGCAAAACUGCGGAAAUACUUGCCAGACUUCAAGUUUACUGAUCCAAGGAUAGCCAUCAAAGACACCUGCGACUGGUUCUUGGCAAAUUAUGAGACAUGUCGAAAGUAAACUCCUUACACCUGAAGAUAUCUAGGUUGCUCACCGUAUAAUCUCACGGCAACGUACAAAUAAAUGGAAAUCAAUAGAAAAACCAGGGAAGAUACUGAAUGUUGUGUCAAACGUCAUAUUUAAUACUCCACGCGGGAUAUACUUUUUGUGCAAGGUUUAUGGAGUAAAUAAACUAGUCUGUUACUUGA